AGACUUACCGAGAUAGCAUUGGCAACAAAUAAGUUCACACCCAUUACAUGGACUUUGUUCUGUUCAAAACAGAUCAAUCGUUUGUGAAUUUAUUUGUUGGUGGAGAGAUAUAUCCAGUCCAGCUAAAGACGCUACUCAAUCCCGAAACAUGUGGGACCUUUUUUAAGGAAAGGGUGAUACGCUCCAUGGAGGGUAUCAAGGUACACUGCGUUCAGUGGGACUCUUCCCCAAACCACAUCAAACACAGAAUGGACAUUGAUAGAGAUGGACUAUUGUUUAGGGAGGUUUUGCAAUUUAUUCGCAAUGGAAAACGCACAAGUAUUCCAGAAAGUAAAUAUCAAUUACAACAGUUGGUGUGCGAAGCUGAAUUCUUUGGCCUCGAAGUUUAUCGAAAGAUGCUGCGACGACGACUGUGGAAAUUAACCGGGAAAGCAGCUUAUUACGCAUGCUACUCAGAUUCCGAUUAA